UAUAUUCAUCAAGAAAACCGCCAUAAUAUUCCGAUCUAAUAAAUAUGACAUUUGUAAAAACGUCAAUAUUUAAUAAAUAAGUAUUAUGAAUUUAUGAUAGUUUCCUUUACCCUUGAUUAAACUGCAGUUAACCGAUGUUAAUCUGUUUUUUCUACACUCACCACAAAACUGAAAAGAAAGAAGAAGGAUUUGAAAAUGGGAAGAAAGCCUUUCAAUGACAAAUUCCUCUCCCUUACUAAGAGAAUUCUUCACUUAACAUUCUAUGCUUUGUUUCCCCUGACUCUGCUCUCUAUAUCCUUCUACCUCCUGUCCUUAACUCCAUUUCCAACAAUUCAGCUUCUUCAAUCCAACACCAUCAUCACUUUCAACUCUUCUCUUUCUCCUCCUCCACCAUCUUCUUCUGCAGAAGAGCACAAGGCUUAUGAGAACUCAUGUAACUACUAUAAUGGUGAUUGGGUCCGCGACAUGAAUGGACCUUUGUACAAUGCUACAACAUGUGGUGCCAUCAGAGAUGGCCAGAAUUGCAUCAAGAAUGGCAGGCCUGACUCUGGCUAUCUUUACUGGAGAUGGAAACCAAGUAAAUGCUAUCUUCCAAGGUUUGAACCUCACACUUUUCUGCAACUAAUUGAGAACAAGCACAUAGCUUUUGUUGGGGAUUCUCUUGCAAGGAACCAAUUAGAGUCCCUUCUUUGCAUGUUGGCCACUGAUUCUGCCCCUGACCUUGUCUACCGAAACGGCAAGGAUGGUGACCGUGAAGACCGUCGAUGGCACUUUCCAUCUCACAAUGCAAACUUUUCCUUGUAUUGGUCCCCCUUUCUGGUACAUGGUAUUGAAAAAUCAGAUGAAGGGUCAUAUUACAAUACAAUGUACUUGGAUCAAGCCAAUGAGAGAUGGGCAAGGGAUGUGGAUCAAAUAGACUUGAUUGUGGUUUCAUUUGGGCAUUGGUUUCUGAGUCCUGCAGUUUUCUAUGAGGGUCAUUCAGUUUUGGGUAGCCUAGGAUGUACUGAUCUUAACCAUACAGAGAUUGAUUUUUCUGUUCCAAUAAGAAAGGCAUUAAGGACUACUCUUAAUAGCAUAAUUGAGAGGAAGGCUUCUGCUACUGCUAAAAGAAAUGGAAUUGAUGUGAUUGUGAAAACAUUUUCACCAGCUCAUUUUGAAGGUGAUUGGCACAAGGGUGGUAUUUGUCCUAAGAAAGAGCCUUAUAGGGAGGAGAAGAAGCAACUUGGAAGAGUGGAAACUGAGUUCACAAGGAUUGAGAUAGAAGAAGUGGAAAGUGCUAAGGCAAAAGCCAAUGCAUUUGGAGGCCUUAGAUUCGAGGUAUUUGAUAUAUCCCAGUUGGCAUUGUUGAGACCAGAUGGCCAUCCUGGUCUGCAUAGGAAACCUUUCCCAUUUGCUAAAGGGUUACCAAAGGAUGUGCACAGUGAUUGUGUUCAUUGGUGUUUGCCGGGGCCUAUCGACACCUGGAAUGGGAUUUUACUGGAGAUUAUGAAGAAGUGGGAGAAACAGCCUUAGAGAGAAGAAUGAGCUAUUCCUCUCCUCAUAUAUACUGUUAAUAUAUUAUCUCAAUGUUUCCACUAUGGAGGUGAUGGAUAUUGCAUUUUAAAAGAGCAUUUUUUGUUUAAAUUUCAGUAU